CAUGAAUCUUGUUCAUGUCUUAGCGCGCCAGCCCCGAAACCCGAGCCUCGGGCAGAGAUUCCCGUCAAACAAGUCGUCGAGUUUCCAGAGACUAUGAAUGUGGUGUCUAGAGUUGAAAGCCCCGAGGAGACUCUCGGUUCGGCUAAUGAAGAGUAGACAUUGUCUCUCAAGAGUUAUCACUAGAGUUAAACCGAGGGAUGCAACAUCAUCAUCCAACAUCUUCAUAUUCAUCCACAUCGUCCUGCUCUGGACAGAAGUUGAAAAGGCAAAUGGAGCUCCUCUAGGGCUCCUGGGUUCUUGGGUUCUUGGGCUGUCGGGUUCUCACUCACAACUCGACUCAGUGACAUUCGAAAUCUUACAAAGCUUCAUUUCUAACAAUCGUCCAAUGUGCUCCUCCCCCGUUUCAGGCAAUCUCCACAACCCCAAGUGUCCUGGCUACAUCCUCAAGUUCCAACGUCGGACCGACCACGCCAUUCCUAGACUACGUACUCCGUACCUAGACAUUGGACAAUGGACGCCGUCCACAUCUGGGAACCCCGAACGCGUGGGAAUUCCAACGUCUCCGAUCUUUCUCACCCUUGUCUCCAGAGACUCAGGACUUCGGAGCCUAGAGUCAACCGUGGGUAGAUGAACAAAUGCCCUUCUUCUCCUUCUUUCCUCCUCCGCUGUUCCGUCGUGUCGGAGUCUAGUAAUUACUCUGUAAACUAGUAUAGUAGG